AAUGUUUGGUAACGAGAAAUGUAGAAGGCAACGUAUCAACCAUUAAUAUUGCAUGGUUCACAAAUAUCUUUCUAGGUGUGGGUCGGUUAUUAUCCUAGGUAAUCUGAGUGAAAAAUAUCAAAAUAUAUUUCACCGUAAUCCGCUUUUUGUCGGUAUGAGGCUUCCAUAUGCAAGAGAGAUAGAUCCACUGGACAAAAGGCUGGCAAAGGUUUCCCAAUUAACUCUUGGAUUUAUAAAGAGUUGCCUUCGAAUUGAUGCUAAUGAUCGACCAACAUCGUCUGCUCUUCUACGAAGCGAAUAUUUUACUCGAGAUAAUUUUGCAUCCAUAUUUUUGGAAGAACUGAAGAAUUUGAUUAAAACUGAAACAGAACAGAAUAUACCUUCCUCUUCUACAAACACUGUUGUCAGGGAAAGCAACACAAUUAGUAGUAAUAAUUUACUAAGAAAUAAAAUGAUCCACUUAAUAACAGCAGAAGUAACAUUGACAAUAUGAAUAAUGAUCUUGUGCAAUCGAUGACAACUGCUACAAGAUCUUGUGAUACAGAUAUAAAAAAUGCUACAAAGCUAGUUAAGGAGAAAUUAACUACAGAGAGGAGCGACUCAUCAGUCAAUUUGCAAACUGAUCAAAAGAUCACUGAAGCGUUUGAAAAAAAUAAGCCACUAAAAAUCUUCAGCGACAAUCCUACCUUCAAUUCAAAUAACACGAAAUUCUUACCAUCAGAAGAUAAGAAUCCUAAAUCUAUGGUGACAGAACACGCUAAUCAAUCACAUGAAUCAUGUGAAAUGAAAACUGGGACAUUUGAAUAUUUAGUUGCUGAUGAAAACGUCGAUCCACAGCAUUUGGUGGAUUCCAUGAAUGCAUCAAAACAAGAUUAUGAAUCAAACGAAGUACCAGAUAAGCAUGAUGAUUUACAGACAAAAACCGGAAUGCCAGUAUGGGAAAAACAAUGUGAUCGGUCAAAUGAAAUGCCAUUAAUACCACAAAAAUCUUGUGGUCUACUUACAACAAUCAAAUGCCAAAGUCCGAAACCAGUUAAUUCUACAGCCAUACCUUGCAUUGCAGAAGAAUCCUGCGAAACCUUGGAUGAAACUACUAUUUCCUCUACAACAUUGUCAGUAUCACCAUUACCAGAUAAUUUCGUCAAUAAACAGCAGGCAGUAUUCAGUAAUAACCAAUCAUUAUUCGGUAGUGGUUUCAUUUCUAAGGUUACUGAGGUUGCCAAUGAACAGCCUGACUCUUCUUCAGUGGUUACUGAACCCUCCAUUCGCAAACCACUGGACACAAAGUUUGGAGAUUUUCAGUCCAAAGAAUUGACUUCAAGCAAACUUUUACCUUAUCUCACUUCAACCCAGGCUAACAGCCAUCAUUUUUGUCCCCAAUAUUUUCGUGGGUUGCAUCAAAAUCCUCAAAAGUCACUUAUGACAGAUGAUACGAAUAUGAACAGUUAUGGGUAUAUUGCUUCUGGAGUAGGAGUAUCGUCGUUGUCUCCAUUAGCUACCUACAUCCAAACUACUGGAAAACAUGACAACCGCACUGUCUUGCAGUCUACGAGCUUCUCUUCCUCUACGUCCAUCCCUGUUCAGUCAUGGACCACUCAAACAAGUUCAUCUAAUGCGAGUAACUCAUCGAAAGAUUCAAAGAGUCGACGAUAUUAUCAACCACCCAAUCACAGACGAUCAACAUUUUCUCUACAAUUCCCAAUGAAUAUCAGUCAUUCAGUUUCUCAACCCGUUUCCAAUUCCAUAGGGAAUCACUGUCAUAGUCACAGUCACCAUUUCUCAGUACUCCAUCCAAUAGGUAUUAUGCCUUCACCAAAUAUGUUCGAGUAUUAUCAUGAACAACCUAAUCAUGAACAGAAUGAUUCACGUAAUCUAAUUGGCCAAGUGUACUUUUCAUCACGCUCACCACUACAGAGUUUAUCUCAACAAAAUAUAUUUAAAAAGUCACUUUCGUCGAGCAGCACAACCGGUAUAACUAAACAAGAAAAUGCAUACUCUGUUUCUGGUAAUCAGCAUUCAUUCAGUCCACAGAUUCUUCCAGUUGUAACAAGUGCUAUACACUCAAUAAACCAAUAUACAAAUUUUAAGUCGAUUAAUAAUAAUAGUAAUAAUAGCAGUAAUAAUAAUCAGUUUCCUCUAUCCAGAUUACGUAACUCAGAUAAAUUUUGGCUUGGUAGUUUACCUAGAAGGUGAAAGGUCAAUAAUUGGUCCUCCACAAAAAUAAACAUUGACACAUGGUGGCAUGGUCGAAAAUGGAUGAUUUACACACUGCAUGUUUCAAGUAUGUAUGAGGUGCUCCCAUAUUUUGUCAGAUAUUUUUAUUCAUAUUACUGGAUCCACUUUUACACAUACCAACAAACGUAUACAUACAUACGUACAUACACAAAAUUCUAAAUCAAGAGUGGGUGUUUUGUAAAAUUAAUUCAUUGUAUAAACAUUAACGAAUAAUGAUUUCCUAUCAACUUUAGACACUCUUUUUCAAGCCUGAUAAUAUCUGUAACUUGAAUUAUAACUAACAAUAAUUACUGUGAUAACUUUUCUAUAAAUCGUAAUAUAAAGUCUAGCUGUCUAUGAGAAGAAAAAAAAUACUUG